GGCGGAGGGGAGGAGGAGGCGAGAAGAAGGACGAUAUGUAGGGUGAGGAAGGAGGCGGACUGAGAGAUCGCUGCUACGAGGUGCCGAGUCUCACCCAUCCGACAUCACCUGCAGCUGGGCGGGACUCGACCACAUAUAUGCCGCUUCUCAGAAGAACCGGACCGCUGUGCAGGACCAUCUGAACCGGACGCCGUGCAGGACUACCUGGACCGAACCGCUAUUGGACCGUUUACUGGACCGCUACAUGAUCAUGUACUGAGCCGGACCGGACCUUAAUAGGACCAUGUACGCCGCUGGGUCGCUGUAGGACCAUAUUGAGCUGGACAGCUAUAGGACCUUGUACUGAGCCGGACCGCAAUAGGACCAUGUACUGAGCUGGACCGCCCCAGGACCAUGUACUGAGCCGGACCGCUACAGUACUGCCUUUAUAAGCUCCGUCGGACCGGCAGGAGCCUUCCGUCCGCCGGUCCAUGCCGAUGUUGUGGGCUGACGUGGACGACAGUGUCAAACAAGGAUAAAGAUUCUCCGUGUUCUGUUGUUGCCGACGGGAGGGCGUAGGGCGUUUCUCCGGUAGACCCCCGUGCUGCCGGGCCUUGGACCGGGGAACGUCUCUUCACAGCAGGGCGUCCACCACCAUGCCUGCCGUGUAACGGGCGGUGGAUUCUCCUCUACGAGUACGCGGAAGGUGGUUGUCCGUCCUAAGGAAGAGUUAUUAUGGGCUGUCUGGGAGGGGGCAGUCAGACAGAGGACCAACGUCUCGACGAGAAGAAUCGGAGAGAGGCCAACAAGAAGAUCGAGAAGCAACUUCAGAAAGAGCGCCAGUCGUAUAAAGCAACGCACAGACUCCUGCUGCUAGGAGCAGGAGAGUCCGGGAAGAGUACCAUUGUCAAGCAGAUGAGGAUUCUCCACGUUGACGGUUUCGAUGAUGAGGAGAAGAAGGAGAGGGGGCAAGACAUCAGGAAGAAUGUAAAGGACGCCAUCGUGGCGAUCAUAACAGCCAUGGGCACUCUGACUCCCCCUAUCCCAGUGGGUAACCCUGCCAACCAACCCAGAAUCGACUACAUCAAGAGCAUCGCACCGCUCUCUGACUUCGAAUACACUGAGGAGUUCUUUGAGAACGUGGACAAGCUGUGGGUGGACGAGGGCGUGAAGGUGUGCUUCGAGCGCUCCAACGAGUACCAGCUCAUCGACUGUGCUCAAUAUUUUCUGGAGAAGUUGGACCAUAUCAGAAGUGUUGACUACAUUCCGACCGAUCAGGAUCUUCUGCGCUGCCGAGUUCUGACUUCAGGGAUCAUUGAGACCAGGUUUCAAGUGGAUAAAGUCAACUUUCAUAUGUUUGACGUUGGAGGGCAAAGAGAUGAACGGAGGAAAUGGAUUCAGUGCUUUAACGAUGUGACAGCCAUCAUCUUUGUAGCAGCUAGCAGCAGUUACAACAUGGUGAUCAGAGAGGAUAACUCCACCAACCGGCUUCGAGAAUCACUGGACCUUUUUAAAUCCAUCUGGACAAACCGGUUUCUGAAGACGAUCUCGGUCAUUCUGUUCCUGAACAAACAGGACAUGCUGGCCGAUAAGAUCCUGGCGGGAAAGUCCAAACUAGAGGACUACUUCCCUGACUACGCCCAGUACACCCAGCCCGUGGAUGCUUUACCAGAUGCUGGUGAGGACCCGUUGGUGACGAGAGCAAAAUUCUUCAUAAGAGACCAGUUUCUGACAAUCAGCACAGCCAGUGGAGAGGGGAAGCACUACUGCUAUCCCCACUUCACCUGCGCCGUGGACACGGAGAACAUCCGCAGAGUCUUCCAGGACUGUCGAGACAUCAUCCAGCGCAUGCACCUCCGACAGUACGAGCUCUUGUGAUUGGUCCUGGAGAAUCAGCCGGUCACAUCAUUGACCAAUCAGGAAACGGACUGGAACAUUCUAGUUAGUCCAUAACAUAGACCAUGUAUAAUUAAAGACGAGUACUAUUUAUAUUUGAAAAAGUGAUCCGACCCGCCUGAACAGUGGUUAAUAUGCAGCUCCGGAUGAGAGAUGACCUCUUCCCACAAUGUGCCUCAGACUGCAAAUGCAUCACAGGUCAUUCUAUCAUCUUCAAACCUGCUCACCCAUUCAGGUACAUGUCGGAGGUCAUCCUAAUGCCCUGCAACCUGCUUACCUGUCCAGGUAGAGGGCAGAGGUCAUCUUAAUGCUCUCCGACUGGCUAACCCAUCCAGGUAGGGGUCAUCUUAAUGCUCUCCGACUGGCUAACCCAUCCAGGUAGGGGUCAGAGGUCAUCUUAAUGCUCAUCGACUGUCUAACCCAUCCAGGUAGGGGUCAGAGGUCAUCCUGCAUGAACACUGAAUGAUGGAUGGAUGAACCAGUUGAACUCUCCAUUCUAAAGUUCAAAAGAGUUUUUUUACAACCUUAGCAUUCGAUUUAUAAACAAAAGGGUCUAUGGGUUUAUUUAUAUAUUUAAAUACAGAUAGGGAGCCCUCUUUAUUUAUUUGUAUAUAAAGGAUGUAGCUUUAACAGAUGCUUCAUGUUAUACAAAGUGGUGGUGUUUAUUUUCAAGCAUGUUUCGACCAGCUGUCGGCUGGGAUUAUUAACUACACUAGUCAAAGAUAACUACUAGUCCAGGAUUAUUAUAUGAUAUCACGCAAGCCUGACAUAGUGACUCCUGGACAGCUGAACGUAGUGCUACAUACAGGUGGAGUUUGUUUUGAAGGGAAUUGUAAUAUACCGCCAGCUGGGCUUACAAAACGUGUUUCUGAAUAACUCAACAUGUCCAAUUAACUCACUCAACAUGUUAUCAAUUUACUUAACCUGUCCAAUUAAAUAACUUGAA